CUGGCCCUGCUCGCCCUGGCCCGGCAGCUCCCCAAGAAGCCAGCGGCCACCCCGCUGCUCACCCGCCGGCCGUUUCUGGUGGCCUGGAACGUGCCCACCCAGGACUGCAAGCCCCGCUUCCAGGUGUCCCUCGACUUCAGCCUCUUCGACCUGCAGGCAUCCCCCAACGAGGGCUUUGUGGGGCAGAACCUCACCAUCUUCUACAAGGAGCGCCUGGGGCUCUACCCCUACUACAACAGCCAGCGUGUGGCCAUCAACGGUGGAGUCCCCCAAAACGGCAGCCUGUCCGAGCACCUUGCCCGCCUCCAUGAAGGCAUCAGCAAGUACAUCCGCUCACCUGCCAAGGAGGGGCUGGCUGUCAUUGACUGGGAGGAGGGGCGGCGGCAGCCCAGCUGGUCCUCAGAGAAGGUGAACAAGCAGGCGGUGUUUGAGUUUGAGUCAGCUGCCUGGCAGUUCAUGGUGAGCACUCUGCACGUGGCCAAGAGCUACCGACCAAAGCAGCUCUGGGGGUUCUACCUCUUCCCUGACUGCUACAACCAUGACUACAGCAAGAACAAGGAGAGCUACACCGGGCAGUGCCCAGAUGUGGAGAAGACACGCAACGACCAGCUGGCAUGGCUCUGGAGGGAGAGUAAGGCACUCUACCCCUCCAUCUACCUCGACCCACUCCUGGCCUCCACCCCCAACAGCCGGAAGUUUGUGCGGGCACGGGUGAUGGAGGCCAUGCGCAUCUCGCAGCAGCACCAUGAUGGCUACUCCCUGCCUGUCUUUGUAUACACCCGGCCCACCUAUACCCGCAAGCUGGACCUGCUCAGCCAGAUGGACCUGAUCUCCACCAUUGGAGAGAGUGCGGCACUAGGUGCAGCUGGAGCCAUUUUCUGGGGUGAUGCAGACUACACCAAAAACCGGGACUCAUGCCAGGUCAUCAAGGACUACCUGGAGGGUGACCUGGGCCGUUACAUCACGAACGUCACAACGGCGGCACAGCUUUGCAGCACCAUGCUGUGCUAGGGCCGGGGCCGCUGCCUGCGCCAGGACAGCACCGCCGACGUCUUCCUCCACCUCAACUCCACCAGCUUCCAGCUGCGGCGCCGGGACAGGGACCACCCCCAGAAA